AUGGCACGCCGUCUGAUCGAGGCCAUUAAAGUCCACCCUUUGACCUAUCCUCGCCCUUUCACUACUGAAAUUCCCGAUUACAAGCUUACAUUCGAUUCCGAGACUUUUUUUCCAAAGAAUACUGAAAACCCCUUCUAUGGUGCUAAACUGCCCUUGACCAAGUUCACGAUAACUCUCACGGAUGCCGGCAGUGGCGUCCGUUGCCCUGCCGCCAUCCAUGUCGAAUUCAACAUCUUGAUAGAGAAGCCAGAUGGUGUCACCAAGAUGGAUAUUAUUGAUGCGCUCAUCGCUGACCUUAAUGGACGAAAAUCACUUCUUGUAUAUAUUGAAGUCAUGUAG